AUGACAUCUCCAAUCAGCGUCGGCGAUGUGUAUCUGAUGGCCAAACUGGCAUUCCAACUCGGAAGAGCCUUCACCAAGGGACGCAAUUCAGCGCCGGCAGAGUUCCGUGAAGUGGAAAAGCAGCUUUACUCCCUCAGUGUUGUCUUAGAAGCAUUCAAAACAGAGAGUCGCGAUGGGUCCAUAACCUUGCGAGUCGAUAAGUCAGCGCUACCGGUCUUAUCCCAGCCUCGCUAUGGGGAAGAUAAAGGUGAAGAAGAUGUCCUCGCUCAUGUGCUUCGAAGUUGUGAACAGACCCUAGCCCAUCUUGAAUCUAUCGUUCGGAAGUAUGGGAUUAUUGGCAAGCCGAGGGUGUCCAGUGCUAGACAACCUAUUUUAGGGAGAUGGAACGACAGCAUCAAGCAUGCCUGGAGGUCGAUAUCAUGGACGACCGAAGGAGGAGACCUGGCGACCUUGCGUAGCAACCUAGCGGUCCAUACAAACAGCCUAAACUUACUACUUGGUGUUAUCGUCAAGUCCCAAACCGGAAGAAUCGAAGCCCGAGUCAAUAACAUCGACUUCAUGCUCCAUGAGAUCCACGCCUGGUUCACAGAGAACUUGGAGGAUUCUUGUUUAAAUACUAGGGAUGACUUGCGGAAAGGCGCUGUCGGAACUUCUAAGCUUGACUUUGAACUUUAUGAAGAUGAUGAGACGCAGAGUCGGCUUGUUUGUCCGCAUGCUGUUCUGAACCCCAAUUUCCCAGUCCAUGAAGUGCCGGCUUCGCACCAUGAAUUGUUUGCAUGUCAAUGUUCAACGCCAUCAGAUGGCCUGCCAUCUCAUCGAGCAGAGGUUGCCGGCUUUGCACAUAUGGCAUAUAUUGAAGAGUUAAUGGAGAGCCUUACGCUUAGCCAGGCUAAGCAAAUGAUUCUUCAAGGGCCGGGGACGGUUCUUUGCUUUAGUUCUUCUUCUGGACUGUCUGGGUCUCAACAAGCUCAUAUUCUUAAUUUGAUAGGCAACGAAGUAAAGUCGGUGAGGUUCACGUCUGCCCUAUCCAGGCAACGUUCAUAUGAAAGGGAUCAUAUAGAAGGCAUCCAAGUACUGCAUUACAAAGACAUAGACUUGGAGAACCUCGCCAGCGACGAAGACGUUAUACAAGCUCACUUUCGUUUUCAUGACCAUGCUGAGAUAGUUCUAUACUAUCCUACAAGCCAACCAUGUUCUGAUAUUUUGAAAACAAGAGUACAUUCCCUUUCAGCCUUUCAAACAAAGGUAAACGAAAUGCAGACGGAUCUUUUCGUUAUAAGCCUUCAAUAUCCCCGAACUAUUGAAAGAACGCUUUUCGCAAUUCAAGCAUAUGACGUCCACACAGAAACAUUACAUAUUGCGGAUGCCGAGAUAUCAAUACUCCAAAACACUGAAACCGGAGGUUUUCGUCUGACCAUCGUUAGCAGAGAUAACUUCUCCAUAGUUAGCCAAGAACAAGACUUCUUCGAAUCGUUUUCGCCUGAAAUGGGUCUUAGUUUUAACUCUCCAACAUAUAUUGUCCAGUUUGACUCGUUUGGAAAACGAACGAUAUUUAACAUUACCACGGGGUUUUCCAUUUUGGGCUUCUCGGAUUCCACAGGUGGGUUUAUAUCUUCAUAA